GUCCGCGCCUCAGGACCGCCGGCAGGAGCACAGUCCCAACCCCUCUGCCCCGUCCCUCGCCGUUUAUAUCUACCCGGUGCAUACCGCGGCGAGGCCGGGAGCGGCCGCCCACCCCCUGCGCCUGGGGCCCGGCUCAGGUUCUCCUACUAAAACCUUUAGGUGUUUUAUCUGGAAGAGUUGAAUUGUACACCAAAUACUGACGUUUGUCUAAAUCACAAAUCUUAAAAUGCAAUCACAAACCGGAGACUUGGACAAAGGCCUUGGAGGGGAAUACUUGGAGGGAGAAUCUCUGAACACCACCAGAAAUGAAGCUACCCACACAGAAAAUGAAGGCAAUUCUUUCAACGCAGUGCAUACACUACAAGUGCAACUAGAAGGUGCAGAGCAAGAAUCGAAAAGUAUUGAAAAUGCAAUUAAUCAAAGGCGAUCUACAGACAGGUUGAAUGAUUACAGCCCUGGGUAUGCUUUCCAAAGUGUACAAAAGGAUAUUAAAACUCAAGAGAAAGCUAUCAGCAGUAUGUCCAGAGCAGAUCAACAGAAUGGACAAAAAUCAGAUGGUGAUCACAAAUCUGUAACCAGCUCAUCCAGUCAAAGGACAGAAGAAGAGCAGGGCUGUGUAAGAAUGACAAAAAAGAUUCUGAAAGACAUCUGUAAACAACAGAAAUUAUACUUGACCCCUUGCUUAAAUGAUACACUUUACUUGCAUUAUAAAGGAUUUGAGCGCCUGGAAAAUCUUGAAGAGUAUACUGGAUUGAAGUGUUUAUGGCUGGAAUGCAAUGGCUUAACAAAAAUUGAGAAUUUGGAGGCUCUGACAGAGUUGCGUUGCCUCUACUUGCAACUCAAUUUAAUUAAGAAAAUUGAAAACCUUGAACCCUUACAAAAGCUGGAUUCCCUCAAUAUCAGUAACAACUACAUUGAGACCAUUGAGAAUCUCUCUUGUCUGAAAGUCCUGCAGACUCUGCAGAUUGCUCACAAUAAGUUACGGACAGUGGAAGACAUACAGCACUUGCAAGAAUGCCCAAGUAUUUCCGUUCUUGAUCUUUCCUACAACAAUCUAAGUGAUCCAAGUAUUAUAACUAUUCUGGAGACCAUGCCUAAUUUGCGUGUGCUGAAUUUGAUGGGUAACCAAGUGAUAAAGAAAAUUACUAAUUAUAGAAAAACAUUUAUUGUUCGACUAAAACAACUAACAUAUCUGGAUGACAGACCAGUUUUUCCAAAGGAUAGAGCCUGUGCAGAAGCCUGGGCUGUUGGAGGGCUUGAAGCUGAGAGAGCAGAAAGGGAAAAAUGGCAAACUAGAGAGAGAAAAAAAACUGAAGAUAGCAUCAAUGCUUUAGCAGCGAUCCGGAAAAAAGCAGAGGAAAAGAAAAGUCAAAAGUACAUGGAAGAAAGGGAGGCAAGUGCAAAACGUGGAAAUGGAGGUGCAGCAGACAUCCUAGAAGGAGCGCCUGCAAAUUCAGAUGACAGUGGUGGAAAUUCUAAUACAUCAGAGACUUCAAAUAUAUCAGAAGAGGAAAAAACUCAAGAGAAGACAGAGACAUUUAGAAAUGAAAAUUUUUAUGUUCAUGAUGAAGUGAUAACACUUCUACCAAAUAGGGGAGAGAACACGGAUUUCACAUCCGGAAAUAUUCUUGCUAGAGUUCAAGAGGAUGCACAAGAAUCAAACUGUUACAAAUGCUCAGACUUCAACAAGAAGACAGACGAUCUACCAAGAGAGAAGGCAGCUGCUGAAAAGGCCACACUUCCUGAACUGGACAAAUACGCUGAAAUCAAACAGAUCAAAUUAGAGACUCCAGAGAAGCUUUAUCUUGAUGAACUGCCUGAUUUAGAAGAUCUAGAUGUAAAUGAAUUUUCACCAGAAGAGGAAAUCUUUGUUCAAAAGCAGGAGUAUCACCCAAAGAUUGAAAUAAUUUCUGAGAUGGCAAAUGACAGCAAUUCUGCAUUAGAGGAAAACAGUCAAAGCAUGUUUGAGAAUUCAGUAGAAGAAGUUCCAACACCAAUUUUUUCAAAUGUGUCUAAGAUACAUAAAAGGCAUGAAAAGGAGCACUUAAGAUCCCUUGUUGAAAGCUUCUUUACAGAGCCUGCUGAUUCAGUAAGGUACCUGGAGAUCAAAGAUAAACGAGCAACCCCAUCAAAACCCUUGAUACAAGAGGUUAUCGCUGAGCCCAAGGAUAAUCUACUAUUGUCACCAGUCUGCAAUCGACCAGAUGACCCAAGCCCAUGGGAAGAGGAUGGGAAUGGCAGUGAUGGCAAAGUACAGUGCCUGGCUGAGGGUGAAGGAUGUCCUCACAAAGCACAACAUGACAAGGUCAGUGGGAGUGGAUUAGAUGAAUCACUUUGAAAAAACCCAGACCAAAUCUGGAGCACAGUGCCUGGCUGAAUGCAUGUGGUUACACUCAAAAUGCAGACCUCAGCAACAGGAGCGUUAGUUAAAACUUACAUACACUUAACUGUGAUGAAAAAACCCCACUGCCUUCAACAGGAGGACUUUGUGUUUCAAUCAGUCAGAGGCUGCUGCAGCCUCCAGUGUCCGACCUUCGGUGCAGAACUUUGAGUUAUGUUAGUGUGAAGAAAGCCCAUAAUCCCCCGUAACCUGCAGGCAGCAGGUGCCCUGCAUUCCCACUGCCAAAGCUGCUGGAGAUCCCUUGGUUCCAAGCUUUUCAGAGCAGCUGGCAGCAUUCACUACUUUGAAAGUGAGGGCACUACUGUUUUCAGGUUAAAUUCCACUCUCUUAUGCCGUUUUUUCCCUUGCAUCCUUCAUCCUUAGCAUUUCAUCACAUACAUAAUUUCAAUGCGUAAUUUAACAUGUUUCUGUUAUUUGAACUAAAUAAAGAUUCUACUUGUAACCAUAUCUAUUUUAACUUGCAUCAUCUCCUUACCAGUAUAUGUUAUACCAGAUGGACUGUAAUGACAAAUGGAGAUUGCUUCUUAACAUAGUAUUU